UUCACCAUGGAUGAGGCCCUUCUCUCCAGACAAGCAGAGGUAGGGGAGUCAAGCAGACCAUCUCCCAGGAGAGAGUUUGCCUCCAGCAUUCUUGACCCGACUGCCCGUAUUACCACCACAACACCCACUUCUUUCUUUGUUGACCUCAUUUCAAACUUAAACAGGAAGAGAAAUCUCCCCCGCCGCUCACACUCUGCUCCUUCUGUGUUUACUGACGCCAAGGAGGACCCGAGACCUUCCCAAAAAUCAAUGCCUCUAAUCGUCAGGCAAGCCUUCAUCUGGGUCAUUUUGUAUGGAAUAGUUGGAAUUGUAAUUAUUUGCCUGAAAAGUGGAAGUUUCAAGGGCCAUCUCACUGUAAAACCAGUGGACGCCUUGUAUUUUUCUGUCGUCACUCUCUGCACAAUUGGUUAUGGAGAUAUUGUUCCAGACACGACAUUUACCAAGAUGUUCACUUGUGUUUUCAUCUUAGUUGGCUUUGGUUUCAUCCAUUUUUUGCUCAAUGGUCUGCUCACCUAUGUUCUUGACAGGCAAGAGGCAGUUAUGAUGAGCACUGUAGAUCUGAACCAAUGCCAUGCAAUGAUACAGACAUAUAUGAUAGACCCAGAAAAGGGAAGAAUAAGGAUAAGAAUCAAAGUGGUUUUGGCAUUGGCUGUUGUGAUUGUUUGCAUUGCUGUGGGGACAAUUGGAAUACAUCUUUUGGAGGAUCUGACUUGGGUUGAUAGUGUUUACCUAUCGGUAACAUCAGUGACAACAGUAGGAUAUGGGGAUUAUGCAUUUGAAACAUUGGCGGGCAGGUGCUUUGCAAUAAUUUGGCUAUUGGUAAGCACAUUGGCUGUUGCUAGGGCUUUUCUCUACCUCACUGAGCUGAGCAUUGACAGGAGGAAUCGAAGGAUUGCGAAAUCGGUUCUUGAGAAGCUGAUUCUUGCAGGUUUAGUGGCUGCAGAACUUGAUAAUGAUGGAUCAAUCAGCAAAUCUGAGUUUGUCAUAUACAAGCUAAAGGAGAUGGGAAAGAUAUCAGAGAAAGACAUCCUGUUGAUCACCAAACAGUUUGAUUCACUAGACCACACCAAUUGUGGCAAAAUUACUAUUGCUGAUCUCAUGGCUAGUGAUUGAUUCAACCACUGGUUUCCAAUUGGAAAAAAGAAAGUGUAAUAUUAUCUAGAUCUCACUUUGGCAACAGCCUCA